AUGAGGCUGACCAAACCAUCCUGGGGUGUGCAGGAGAUUUCAGGAAGCUGCCCUCACUGCAGUGGAGCCUCCUUGCCUCCCACCACUUGGUGCCCUCUCCUUGGACAAAGACCCAGGGUCUGUCCUGCAGGGGCAGGAGAAGCGUCCACCUCCCAUACCUCCUCAGCCCCUUCCUUCUCUGAGCCAGCCUGUUGCCUGGUCUCCACUCCAGGCCCCACUGACUGCAAUGUGCCUCCACGUGAAGACCAAGCCCUGCCACGGGGGCUGGAGAGCUCCUGGCCUGCUAUUGCUGCUGCUGGCACUGGCCACUGGUGGGGCCGUGGCUGGAGGGCUUCUUGGCUUCGCUCACAGCCCUCUCAAGCCACUGCUAUAGACGCUCCGUCUGACCCUCCCGAGCCCCAGGGUGCCCUGGUCCAACCAAACCGAACAGGUGGACGUGGCCCAGAACAUGGCAACCAUCAGGGUGACUCCAGCUCAGAGCAACCACAGCUGGGCAGUGCUGUUCGACGGGCAGAGCGGUUGUGUCUGUUACCGCCCCUCAGAGCACCGGGCCUGCUUCCUCCGCCUGAUGGAACCCCGAGACCGCGAGACCCUGCAGCUGCUGGUGAACACCUCUUGGGGCCCCAGAGGCAGCGGCUGAUCUACCUAUGCAUCGACAUCUGCUUCCCAAGCAACAUCUGCAUGUCCGUCUGCUUUUAUUACCUCCCGGACUAA